AACAACUCCUCUAUGCAUUCACGGAAUUGAGUAUAAUUCCAGACGCUCAAUAGUAAAAAGUUAACUUUUGUAAUUUCCUUUUACUUGAAGAAGAAAGAAAAAAUUUGACUAGUAAAUUGUAACAUUUUAUUUUCCUUGUAUAAUAAGAAUGAUUAAACUAAAAUGCGAACGUGGUGGAAGCUCACUAGGUCUUCAGUUAUGAGACCGUGGUCGCCCCCACACGGAAUAGCUACUCUCCAUCUUUACACUUGAAAUCCUCAAAAGUUUUCUCGUUUCGACAUUUUAACGAACAGCUUUCCUUCCCUUAGCGUCCCGACAUUUUGCUAACCCCUCCAUCUGUAACCCUAAACCCUUAAAACCUAAAUUUCAUUCGACGCUUUCAAAUUAAAAUUUGGAUCUUUAUGUAAAUAAAUAUUUCAAAUUAAAUAGAAAAUUAAAAAAUGGCGUCGAGUUUGCACCAAUGGGAGUCAGACCCUCUGUUUGCAGCAGCCGAAAUUGUCCAAGAUUCUGCUGACAGGAUGGAAUCAGUUUUCCGCCUUCUGCUGCAUGAGCUCAGUCUUAUUCAAGGUGACUGUCCAGACCUAAAGUUACUUGUGUCGAUAGAUUAUCAUAAACGUGAUCUCGCAACAACACUUGAAACAGCAAAGUGGCAGUUGGAAGAUUUUGAAAGAGCAGUCAGCUUUUCAGCUACGGCAGGCAAGCCCCAACUACAGGAGGAUGUAAUUUCAAGGCACAAUCAGUUUAUCAGAGCCAUUAGAGAACAAAUACUUUAUGUGGAGAAGAACUUGGAGGGAACAUCAAUUGGAGAUCCCAUGAGAAAUACAGAGUGGGUCAACUUGAAUGAACAAGAUAGAGAUGGGUUGGCAUUGUUUCUUUCUGGGGGAAAUGACACAGACCACUCUGGUUGUUAUGAUGUGGAGGACAACAGUAUCUUGGAAAGAUUUCUUGAUCCAAUUACAUCUAGUGCUAAAGACAGUACUUCUGGGAUUGUUGAGCACAAAAGCAGAGGAAUUGAGAACUUGAAUAUGAAUGGAGUAGUGCCUUUGGACCGCGCUAUUGACUCGAGGAAGGAGAACAACUGGACGAAAGUUGGUUCUUAUAACAGAUUUGGUGAAGGUACAAGGUUGAGUUCUGAAUUAACAGAUUAUUUUCCAGAGACAUCUGGUGACAGAUAUGGAGGUGAUGGGAGUCAGGAUUUGGAGGCUAAUGAAGCCAAACCUGAAAGCUUCUUUUGCAAGGACAAGUUGAGAAGGUUCUGCAGCAUAACAAACGUUCUAGGGUUCUUGAAUAACAUAAGGACUGUUUAUGGGAGUAGGGUCACUAGGAAUUAUACAAAGAGAUUUAAAGAUGGAGAAGAACAAAGUCAUUCCCCAUCAUGUGCUGCUGAUGUUUCUCAUGCUGCACAGGUAAACUGGUGUCCUGGCUUGCUUAGGGACAUUCAUUCUUUUGGGUACAUCUUACAAUCUGUGUGUGCAAGGGUUUUCUCAAGACUUUUUAACCGUGGGAAUAACCUGCUUUGUCAUUAUCUGACCCAAUUGUCUUGGUUGGAUGCAAACACCUCUGGGCAUCGGGUCAUUAUUUGAGUGUGAAUAUCUUUGACAUUAAGAUGUAUUGUCUCGCUGAUUGACGAUACUGCUAGUAGUGGAUACGACUGUUUAUGUCAAGAAUACUUUGGCCCUUGUUUAUAUUCUUCUAGCAGUUUGUAAAUCUUUCUUUUACUCUGAGUGAUGAUUUUGUUUUUUGGUCUGUAACUCCGAGUAGCUAGUACUGGUGCAAUACAGAUUUGGGACCCUUUGAACUGGCUCUGUUGAUUGAAAAACAGGGUCACAGUUGAUCCAUUGCUUUCAAUGUCAUCAUGACCAAAUUUUACGCUA